AUGCUAAUCAUACUGAUAUUUACAACCCUAAUAAUAAUUUUAUUGGGCCUUCUACUGCAGCGCCUCAAUCGUGAAUACUUCCUGCUGUCCCUGUGCAAAAGGGUGAAAACCGAGGAUGGGAGUGACCUGGAGAGCAAAGUCGCCGUAUUACCAGGCACGACACGUUUCGGCAAUAAUUUCGAUAUUCUGAAAAUGACACCGUCCAAGAUCUUUAAUUUUGUGCGCGAAGCCCAUGUUCGCGCCCAAGGUCGAAACUAUGUGUGGUACUUUCUAUUGGCACCCAUGUACAAUGUCACCCGAGCCGAAGAGGCGGAGGAAAUCUUUCAAAGCACCAAGCUAAUCACAAAGAACGUAGUGUAUGAACUGCUAAAGCCGUUUCUGGGGGAAGGAUUGCUCACAAGCACAAAUGAAAAAUGGCAUUUUAGACGAAAGACACUGACGCCGGCAUUUCACUUCAAUGUGCUCCAAACAUUUCUUGAGAUAUUCAAAGAGGAGUGCAAAAAAUUGGUGACAGUGCUUGAGCCAAGCGUAGGAAACGAAUUGACCCUAAAUCAUGUUGUACCGCAGUUCACACUGAACAACGUUUGCGAAACCGCACUGGGGGUCAAGCUGGAUGAUAUGGUGGAGAGCGCAACUUAUCGGGAAGCAAUACACGCCAUCGAGUCUGUUAUGGUACAGCGUGUCUGCAAUCCUCUUCUGUAUUUAUGGUUGUACUUCUACAUUUACGGUGAUUACAACAAGCACAAGAAGAAUUUGAAAAUAGCCCAUGAGUUCUCCAGUCGAAUCAUUGAGCGCAAACGGCAGAUAUUCCAACGCCAGAAGCAACAACAGAACAUUGCAACCGAGGACGAUUGUGGCAAAAAAAAACGGUAUGCAAUGCUGGACACGCUGCUCGCUGCCGAGGCCCAGGGGCAAAUAGAUCAUCAGGGCAUUUGUGACGAGGUCAACACCUUCAUGUUUGAGGGAUAUGACACCACAUCGACCUGCCUGAUCUUUACCCUGCUGAUGCUCGCCCUGCACGAGGAUGUACAGCAACGUUGCUAUGAGGAGUUGCAGGAUUUAGGCGAAAUUGACACAUUAAGCGUCUUUGAUUUCAAUGAGCUGAUCUAUUUGGAAUGCGUCAUCAAGGAAUCUUUACGACUUUUUCCACCAGUACCAUUUAUUGGUCGAAAGAACGUCGAAGAGUGUGUUGUCAAUGGCCUGAUUUUACCCCGAGAGACGCAAAUCAAUAUUCAUAUAUUCGACAUUAUGCGAGAUCCUAGACACUUCCCGAAUCCAUCAGAAUUUCAGCCCGAUCGUUUCCUGCCGGAAAACAGCUUGCACCGACAUCCUUUUGCCUUCGUGCCCUUCAGUGCGGGGCAACGCAAUUGCAUUGGUCAGAAGUUUGCCAUUCUGGAAAUGAAGGUCCUGCUGGUGGCUGUGCUGCGGAAUUUCAAAUUGUUACCACUGACCCGACUGGAGGAUGUGAUUUUCGAAUAUGGGAUUGUGCUGCGAUCCCACCACAAUAUCAAGAUUCAAUUGGAGCGCCGUGAAUAGGCGCGACAAUAAACCAUUUUCUCCAAAAGCA